AUGAGUCAAAUGGGGUAUGCAUUCAGCUUUUCUCUCACGAACUUCUCCAAUAAUGUGAACAAGACAAUCUAUGAUGAAUUGCUCAUUGAUUCAAUGAAGCUUAGACAGUGUGUUAUCUUGCUAACUGUUCUUGCACUGCUUGUGGUGAGUUCAGAGGCAAGACUGCUCCACCAUGAGUUCUCCACAUUGAGCAAAAAGAUUGAUGGUAAACUUGGCUUACGUGAACUGAUCAACAAUGUACGAAAUGGUGAGUGGCACCAAAAGAGGUCAAUGCUUGGUGGAAGGUUGGAGAGAGUUUCACCUGCAGGCCCAGAUCCUCAACAUCACUAG